CUGCAAGUAUCAUUUCUCACUCGAGCGCUGCUAAGAUUCUUUCUACACAAUGAAGCUCUACUUGUUACCAUUGGUGUUCAUGAUUCUACUGCUGUUUGUACUAAGAGACCUGGUUAACGCAGACGACGAAGCUGUCUUUGGAAAUGCAGCGGACGACGAAAUGAUGCAGGAAAAAAGAUACAAAUGGGUCGUACCUGGAAUGGGCUCAAAUACCGCGUCAAAUAAAGGAUCGGGACGCAAGCGCAGUGACGCUGAAGACGAUGCACAACAAUUUUUCAGUGCCUUACAUAAGCCUCUACUCGAACGAGUACAGCAGUGUCGAACCCUAAUAGCAGAUUAUGAAGAACUCCUGUCAUCAAUCGGCGGUCAAAUGAAAAACAACAGAAAAUGUGGUGGUUGGAAAUCUGGUUGGCUGGCUAAUUGCUAAAGCAACUUACACGACGAAGCCGGAACUGACGUAAUUGGUCGGAGAUAAUAUCACUGUUCAUAAUUAUGGGAUAUAUGGGAUUGUGUGGAUUGAAUCGUCGUGACGAAGAAUGUCCAAAAUGAUAAAUAUGUGGGUCAAAAUGAGCAUUCAUCUGUUUUUUUGUUUUGUUUUUAUUUUAAGUUUUGGAAUAAAUUUCUUAUUAAAGCGAGCUGACAUUUUACUUUUUUGACAAUGUCAUUCUCAAAUGUAGCUUCUGUAUACACCGCCACCAAGUAGUCUACACGCAUGCGUGGACUUUGACCUGAUCUUCACACACAGUAGUGUCGCACAUAGUCAUACAUACAAA